AUGACUUUAGCCCGCUUGGCAAGGAAGUACGGUGCUGUUAUAUUCUUCCCUACAUUUACAGUAACAACGAUUUUAGUCGACUGGACUCAUACAAGAGCCUGGAAAGAACAACAACGUCAGCUUGCUCGAAAUAAAGAAUUGUUAACUGAUUAA